AUGCCGUUGGACUUGGACCAGGCCACGCAGAAGAACCGCUCCUUCGGCUUCGUCACUUUUCUAGAGAGAGAAGACGCCAUGGACGACAUCGAAUUCUACGGCCGCAUCCUCACCGUCAAUUAUGCGCUUCCCGAGAAAAUCAAGGGUGUACGUCGACACCUGAUUCGAGAGGCAGGCAGCAGCAAGAGAGCAGAGCAACGAGAAGCGAUGGAGGCAGCCGAAGUGUCUGUUUUGCUCUUGCGAAAUGGGGGCAGCGUCUUCGCAAGGGACAGAUGGGGUAGGACUCCAUUGGAGGAGACUCGAGUAGGAGUAGAUCAUAAACUAGUUCAGUUGUUGGAAGAUGCAAAGCGUCGUCAUCAGAUGUCGGAUUUUUCGGGUUAA